AUUCCCAAUCAAAUCGGGAAGACGAAAGAAGAAGUUCCCUCUAUAUUGGUAAAGCACACGAAUCUCCCAAUCGUGAUUCUCGCUCUCCAUUCAUCUCCCUCCCUCUCUCUCUCUCCGACGCACCUCGUCGGGAAACUAGGGAUUCAGUUUUAUAUUCUCCAGAUCGGAACAGACUUGUUGAUUUUCGAUUUUGGCGAUAAUGAAGCACAAGAGCCAGCAGCAGCAGAAGAGGAAGAAGAAGAGGUCUUCCUCCGCCGCAGCGGCGUCGGACGGGAACAAAAAAGACGUGGAGGAAGAGAGGAGGAGGAAGGAGGUUGAAUCAUCUGAAAAGCAAAAAAUAGAUUCGUUGAUGGAAGCCUUCUGCUCCGUCUCGGCGGAGGAAGCGACGGCUGCUUACAAGGAAGCAGGCGGAGAUCUGAACAGAGCAGCGGAGGUUUUGUCGAAUCUGGUGGACGACGAUCCUUCCGCUGUUUCGGUCGCGAGCGGGUCCUCGGGUCAGGAGACCGGGUCUACGUCUGAGUACGGGGCUGGGGAGAGCUCGAGCUGCGGGGAGGACUUGACGAGGGAGAGGUGGUUUAAUAAGGGAAGCAAGCAGAGUAGAGUUAUUGCUGCUACGGGGAUGGUGUCUUCUGUGAUUGCCAAGGAUUACUUGAAGCCUAACCCUGUGAAUAAGAAGAAGGAGUUUCCUUUGGCUGAGAGGUCUAGUGAGCUCUGUGGGAAGGGGAAGAAAGCUGGGGAUAGAGAGAAAGCUGAACAGUUUCUGAGUUCAAUGCUUGGUGAUGAUUGUGAGCUUAGCAUGGCUGUUGUUAGAGAUGUCCUCUGUCAAUGUGGCUACGAUGUCGACAUGGCCUUGAAUGUCUUGCUUGACAUGUCUUCUUCAUCAACUGAUGAUUCUCUAAGUGGUAGAUGUUCCGGCAUAGGACUCAGCGAUAGUCAGCCGACCGAGACAUCAUUUGAUAUUGAUACUUCCGAAAGUGAACCAAGUUUUUGGGGAGGCUAUAGUCAAAGGGAUUACUCAAAAGCUCUAAUGAGUUCUGCAGAUCCUUUCGCCACUAGACAAGAAAGUUCUGCAGAUCCUUUUGCAACUAGCCAAGGAAGUUCUGAGCCUUGUGAUCCACAAAAGGUGUUGGAGUCUCUGUUCAACGUUCCCCGGAGUCUUAAACACGAACCAAAGGCGAUGAAUUGGAGAAAUGUCGCAAAGAAAAUGCAGUCGCUUGGCAUUGAUGGUUCUUCAUCUAGUGGAGAAGGGUCCCAGCCUGAUACUUUAGCGAAGGAUGAUGGAUAUCAUGAACUUAGAAAAGGUGCAACUGACCAAUGGAAUGUGACGAAAUCAUACUAUCAAAAAGCUGCAGAAGCAUAUUCGAAAGGAGGGAGGGCUCAUGCGGCUUACCUUUCUGAGAAGGGGAGAGCAGCAUCUAAACUAGCUCAACGGGCAGAUGAGAGGGCAAGCAAAGAUAUAUUCGUUGCUAGAAACAAGGGUAUAGAGAAUGUGAUAACCAUUGAUCUGCAUGGUCAGCACGUUAAGCAAGCAAUGAAGCUAUUGAAAAUGCAUCUCCUACUCGGAUCAUAUGUCCCUUCCGUCCAGACACUACGAGUGAUCACAGGAUGUGGGUCUCAUGGGUUUGGGAAGUCGAAAGUGAAACAAUCGGUGACAAACCUGCUAGAAAGGGAAAGAGUUAGGUAUUAUGAAGAGAACAAAGGGACAUUGCUGAUCAAGCUUGAGGGAUGUAGUAGAGAGUUCAGUUUCUUAGACACAGAGAGUGACUCUGAGUAAGUUAAAACUAAAAUUAAACUCAAUGUUUUAGCUUUAGAUCUUUAAACUAUGUCUGUCUCUCUGUCUAUAUCUCAUGCUAGCUUUGUAUGUUAGUAAAUGUUGAGCAAAACUUCGCUUUCUUAAUUCAUCUCUUUUUCUA